CGUAGAAUCCGCGUAGCCAGUGUCCCUUGCACGCUUCGCCACCUCGUGCCACACAAUCCGCUACGGCCUUUGAAACGCUAUAUAAAGUGACAAAGCUGGCUCAUUGACGGGCACGCUCCGGCACCUCUACAUCAGCUUUAAACUCGCGCUUUCUGGCCACUUCGCGCGGAAAGAAGUCAGGUGGUCACGAGUGGCUUUUACCACGGGUACUAUCAGCGACCGAUCAACUGGAGAAGCGGCAAGGUGAUUACGCGACGCAAUUUAAAGGACGCGGCUCGCAGUGCCGUGUGCUUCAUUUCCGAGGAUGUCACGCUUCAAGUCGCGCAUCGAGACAUCAUUGAAUUGACAUAUCGACAGAUCCUCUCGAAUUGACAUCAUCGUGGUGCCACGCCAUAUCUCAGAUUCCUUCUCGAUACUUGAGAGAAAAACAUUCACAAUGAAGCGCUGCAUCUUAUUACUUUGCAUCGUGGCAAUUCUUCAAGAUUCUGAAGCGCUACGUAAAGGAUCCACAGAUUACGAAGAUAUGUCCUUCUGGCUGAAGUCCGGCCAAGAGACCUUGCAUAGAAUCCUUGCGCAACAGAAGAAUGAAAAUCGUGCCAAAAACGUGAUCAUCUUCAUCGGUGACGGUAUGGGCCUAUCCAGCAUCACGGCCGGCCGAAUUUAUAUAGGUCAGCUCAACGGUCAAACGGGUGAAGAAUAUCAACUCGCGUUUGAGAAGUUCCCCUACACCGGUCUCGCCAAGACUUACAAUGUAGACAAGCAAGUGCCGGAUUCCGCGGGAACGGCUACUGCUAUAUUUUCUGGUGUAAAAACCAAGUACAGACUUAUUGGAUUGGACGCAAGAGCCCAAUAUAAUAAGUGCGACAAGGAAAUCAAUGAACUUAGCAAAUUGACUACGGUAGCCGAUUGGGCACAACAAUCCGGCAUGGAUACUGGAUAUGUCACCAACACCCGCAUCACCCAUGCUACUCCCGCGGGACUUUACGCACAUAUCAAUCAUCGAGAUUGGGAGUGCGAUAGCGCAAUUCCAAAGAAACAGCGACUUUGCGCUAAAGACAUCGCGAGACAGCUUAUUGAGGAUGAACCAGGAAAUCAAUUCAAGGUUAUCUUGGGUGGCGGAGCACAAUACAUGGGCAUGAACGUAGAACCGAUUGAUCCCCAAUCCUGCUUACGCUCUGAUGGCAGAAACUUAGUAGAGGAAUGGCAAGCGAAACAUCCCAAGGGAAGGGCCGUCAAUAAUACGCAAGAUCUCAUGUCCAUUGAUAUAAGUAAUACAUCACACAUUCUUGGUGUUUUCUCGCCUAAUCAUAUGCCUUUCCACGCUGUAAAGAGCCCUGAGAUACCUUCACUGGCGAAUAUGACGAUGCAAGCCAUAAGAUUGCUCAAAAAGAACAAAAAUGGAUUCUUACUGAUGGUCGAAAGUGGCAAGAUCGAUACAGCUCAUCAUAAUAAUUGGGCGAAAUUGGCAUUACGUGAGUUGUACGAACUUGAGGAGGCAGUCAAAGUGGCUUUACGACUGUUAAACAUAGAGGAAACAUUAAUCAUCGUUACAGCCGAUCAUUCGCAUUCGUUUACAUUAAACGGAUAUCCCAAUAGAGGCAAUGAUAUCCUCGGUUUCGGCAACAGAAGCGCUGAUUUGACACCCUACGAGACGCUCUCCUACGCUAACGGUCCAGGAUUCUACUAUCAUCGAAGAAAUGACAGCCACAACGUCAACGAGACCUGGAGAAAAGUCGAAGAGGAUCCGACCCGCAACGAUCCUUUCUAUAUGCAUUUUGCCGGCAAAUAUCUCAAGGAUGAGACUCACGGUGGAGAAGAUGUCGGGGUUUAUGCUAUUGGCCCCUAUUCGCACUUGUUCCGAGGUACUUUUGAACAGAAUUACAUUGCUCAUGCCGUGGCGUAUGCGGCAUGCUUCAAAGACUGGCCGUCUCAUUGUGACAGCGCUUAUCAUCGUUACUUUUACGAAGUUAAUUUGGCACCACAAAACGGCAAGACAAAUUCAGCGGGACGAAACGUUAUAUCGCUCGCGGCUGUAAUAACCUUCCUGUUUACGACAAUUUUUAUACUGCGACUGUGACAUUUUCUUUUUAUAACCAAAUAAAUUAUGAUUGCACCGUAAAAAGAUUUUAUCUCGUGAAAUUAAUAAUAUACAAGUAGAAAAAUAAUAUUUAUUUAAUAAGUUUUAUUCCGCCUCUACUGAGGAAAUUCUCUAAUUGCAAAUUUUGAUAUAUGAAUAGUAUAAUGCAACGUGCUUUCUUUUGCAAACCUGCAGUUUUUUAAUAAGUUGGACUUUAAUAAGUUGUGAUUGCAAAUAUCGUAUACGACUUUUUUUGUAAUUUACAUUGCACAGGCAAUGUAAAUUACAUUUUGAUUAUGUAUUAUUUUCUCUAAUUUCAUUUAUUAUAUAACGAUAUUUAGAACUCAAAUAAUUCUGAUUAGAAUGAUGAUAGAUUAUCAUUGAUGAUAGAUCAUGAAUUUCAUUUUAAUAUGAGUAACAUGAUCAUCUUUUUUGCUUAUUAGAACAAUGAUGACGGAUUUAUUUUUAAUUAUGAAGAAACUUAUUUGUAUAUUAAUAUACAUUUAUAAUAUUUUGAAAUAAUAUAUUGUUAUGUCCGCGCGAGUCUUCUGCGGUCGAGUGGAGUCGAGUCGCCGUUUGGAAUAGAAGCGAAGCGGGGCAACGGUUGUUGUUUACGAAGAAGUACGGCGCGGUGACUCGUGGCGUACAGACGUGUGUCUGCAAAAUUAUUGUUGUUGAUUAAUUUGAAUAAAGAUUACAUAUUUUACUAAACGGCGUUGUUUAUUGCCGAGCGCGGCUUCCUCGCGGAACGCGCGUUUAGUGAGAGUAUCAGUGACCGCCGCGGACGUAACAAUAUAAUAUAAUAGAAAAGUGCGUCUAAUAGCUAAAUGUCCAUGUCCAUGAUCUAAUAUACAAUCUAAUGUUUAGAACAGAAAUAAUAUUGUUGAAUUAUUACGAAUG